CUUGUUAUUUUCCCCCUUUCCUUUCGCUUCACUUGAACUUGUGCUUUCUUUCUUCAAAAAGAUAAAACACGAAAAAAAGAUAAACAAAGUUGAGAAUCAACUAAGAAUCGUAUCAUCAAAAUUACAAACCAUGUAUUCAAGGUCUGCUUCUAUUUUCAAAACAUUUUCAUCCUCGGUUGCACGACCAAGUAGUAAAAGAUUAUUUCUCACGCCGCGUCUUCGCGAGUUCCAUUCAUCUUUUCAAUUUCAAGCGAUCAAACCAUUUUUAUUAGCUGAUAUUGGCGAAGGUAUUACCGAGUGCGAGGUUAUUCAAUGGUUUGUCGAACCAGGAUCUACAGUUGCUGAAUUUGAUAAAAUCUGUGAAGUUCAAUCCGAUAAAGCCUCGGUCGAGAUUUCUUCAAGAUUUGCUGGAAAGGUCUUGAAAUUACAUCAUGGAUUAAAUGAUAUUGCAAAAGUGGGUUCUUCUUUGGUGGAUAUAGAAACAGAGGAUGAUGAGACGGAAACAGUGCCUGAAACACCUGUAUUUGUCUCGAAGCCAGAGCCUGUUGUUACCGAGAAUGUGGCUAUUGAUAAUAUUAAAUCAGAUGGAACAUCGGUGUUGGCUACUCCUGCUGUAAGAGCUUUAGCAAGAGAAAAAGGAAUUGAACUUUCUGAAUUGGUAGGAACUGGUAGGGACGGAAGAAUUUUAAAAGAAGAUGUAUUGUUAUAUGGUACUGUAGAUACCCAAGUGGAACCCAGUAAAACUGUAGCUUCUAAUAGCGAAGGUCACUCCGAAUCACUUGGUAUGAUUCAAAAAGCCAUGUUCAAAUCCAUGACGCAGUCUUUAAAUAUCCCUCAACUUGGAUACAAGGAUGAUAUUGAGAUUGACGCUACAACCAAAUAUCGUCAAGCGCUUAACAAGCAUAUUGCAGCCCACCCCAAUCUGUAUCCUUUUACCAAGAUGACAUACUUGCCAAUUUUUGUGAAAUGUCUCUCAGUUGCUCUCGGUCAUUACCCUAUCAUGAAUGCCAAACUGGUUGGUGACCAACAAGAUGUCAGUUCGGUCAAGAUUAAUUAUCGACCCAGUCACAAUAUUGGCAUUGCUAUGGAUACCCCACAAGGAUUGAUCGUGCCUAAUAUUAAAAAUGUCCAAGACAAGACUAUCUUUGAAAUUGCUUCUGAAAUUCAUCGUUUAUCUGAAUUGGGUAAGGCAAAUGCUAUUCCCAUGUCAGAUCUUAAAGGUGGUACUAUCACCUUGUCAAACAUUGGCACCAUUGGUGGAACUUAUGCCAAUCCUGUGAUUGUUUCAUCAGAGUUAGCUAUUGUCGCACUCGGAAGAAUGCAAAAAUUGCCACGCUUUGACGCACACGAUAAUAUUGUCGCCAAACAAAUUAUGCCCGUGAGUUGGUCGGCAGACCAUAGAAUCAUUGAUGGCGCUACCAUUGCUCGUUUUGGAAACCAUUGGAAGAAUUUAAUUGAGAAUCCUGCCCUGUUGGCUACUGAACUUCGUUAGAAAUGUAUUAGAAUAAUAAUAAAAAACAAUGACAUUUAUUGACAAAAAUAUAAAUCAAA